AUGGCUCUUGCUCUCGCUCCCGCUCCCGCCCCCGCUCCACCCUCCCUGUCGGUCACCCCGCCGGCCCCCGGCGAUGCCCCGGCCACCAAAAACCCGCCGGGCACCCCUGCUUCUGAUCUAUCCCUUUCCACAAACCCCCUAGACGAGCUCAUAUCAUCUGUGGCUCCACCACCUUCGCCAUUCUUCGACCUACCCUAUGUCAAGGCCGGGCAAGUAGCACUCCACUGCUUCCUCGGCUGCGGCAAUGCCAUGGGCUUGGAGUUUGAAGAUGACUGCUCCUACUACCUCCGCCUCGCCAUCACCACACCGGCCCUUCACCUCGCCUCACCGCUAUACAUCGCCUUCGGCCACUCCAACCGACACCUCAACACCAUUGUUGUUGCUGCGCUGCUCCAGGCUGUCCUGGGUGGCUCUGCUGCUCACUUCUUCGUUGCACAAUGCUCUCCUCUGGUCUUCCGUUUCCACGUCGCGUCUGCGCGCGUGGCUGAGAUCAUCCUCGCUCAAACCACUCUCCACUUCUGCAAUUAUUCCUUCUCUUUUGCUAGGACUCUGCCCUCCUUCCCGUCUCCACCACACUCUGCCGCUACAUGCAUGACGCUUGCCCAGUUGCUCCAAAUCCCAGAUGACCUGGGUCUUCAGUUCGAAGCUGUGGCUUGGUCACAACUACGUUCCCAUGUUACCGCCCGUUCAUGCUAUCAGCCUCAUGGCUGCCGAAUGUACGCGUGUGUAAUCCAAUUUCCCUUCACUCUCAACGCCACGAUCAUGGCCCUUGUCCUCGCUCAUCUGUUUGGGGACUCCUACUUCCAUUUCGAGGUCACUGACGACGGAGACUCCUGCUUCUCCUUCACCGUUGCAUCGCCCGCAGUAGCCAAACUGAUCGCCUCCAUGGGUGACUACCGCAAGAGGAGAAUGCUGAUCCGCUUCCCCUGGCCUAUGCUCAUGAGUGGUGCCCGACACCUUCUUAGUGAUGAUGCCAUGCCCUUGUCGCUUGGUUCCACGUCUUCCUCUUUGUUGUCGGUCGUCUCUGCAUCACUGCCACCAGCGCCUUCAACUCUGGAUCUGCCUAAGCUCGAUCUAGCCGUUGCCCACUGCAGCCGCUUCCCACAAUCUUAUUUUUCCCUCUCCUUCUCCUCGCUGCCCACAUGCCCUGGGUCCAUACUUGGGCCUUACACUCAUCACCACCAGCCACCCCAUGCACUGAUACGACCGACCCUCGUGUCCACGGCAUCGCUGCAUGGCCGGUCUACCCUGCAUGCAUUGCGUCCCCACAACAUGCACAAUGAUAGGGCUGCUGCGUCCCCCGACAGAGCAAAUCCUACAAAAGAUCCGUACGUACCAAUUGAUGCCGCGCAUGCGGGCGAGCUGCGCACAGGAACCAAUACACCCCCAUUGGUCUCUCUGUUUGUGCCAAAAUUGGACACCCCACCUGACCCACGUGCGUCUAAUCCGGGUGCCAACGCGCCGCCCGGGUGA